AUGGAUUAUGAGUCUUUGUAUAAAUUAAUUCCCAAAGAACCAAAGAAAUGGUUGACUCAAGAUGUUAUAAACUGGCUAAAGUUUAUAGGGUUAGGGCAGAUGGAGCAAAAAUUUGUUGAAUGUUCUAUUGAUGGAGCAGUUUUGGAGGACUUGACAGAAAAGGAUUUGGAUGAAGAAUUAGGGAUCACUUAGAGAAUUAUUAAAAGAAAGUUGUUAAAUUGGGUAAACCAUGGACUGAAAGAGUAUAAUGAAUAUAUAAAGUAAAUGAAAAUGCCGAAUCUAAACAUCAAGAAAUAGCAAGAUGAGGAUUUCACAAUACAAAAAAACAUUGGGAAUGUUCAAUUCGAAUAAAUGCUAAUGGAGAGUCACGAAAAUAAUGGCAACGAACAAUUCACGAGUUCAGUUGCUCGAUAAGAGGAAUAAGCAAUAAAAUAAGAAAUACCUGGAUUCAACAAAUUCGAACAUCAACUCAUACUAUAACCAAUAGAAGGUUAAUAGUCCAAUUUUUAUUGUGUUCGAGAGGCAGGUGCCAAAAUAGGGAGACAUUCUAGCAACCAAAUUCUAAUUUUGGAAGAGAAUAUCAGUAGAUUUCAUGCUGAGAUAAUAUUCCAAGACUCUAUGUUUGCUCUCAAAGACAUUGGAAGUACAACAGGAACUUUUAUUAAAAUACUGAAAAGCUUGACAUUAAAAUAAGGGAUGUUAAUAGAAUUGGGAAGUAAUUAAUUUUGUGUUUAGAAAUUGGAAACACUGGAAAAUGGAGGAAUUGAAAUCUCCUUAUUCGUAAUCGAAGGACCAAAUUUAGAAGAUACCAUCAUAUUUCAAUUAAAUAAAGACAAACCUUCAGUAGCUCUUGGCAGAAAAUCAACUGUCGAUAUCUCCUUUCCUGAAGACCAUCAUUUAUCCAAUCAGCAUGCCAAAUUUUAUCUUGUAGAAUAAACAGUCACCAUUGAGGAUCAUGGAUCAACAAAUGGAUCUUGGAUGAGGUUAUCAGGAGAGGGUAAAAUGAGUAAUUUGUUUUAUUUGGAUCCGAAUGAAGAAAUCAUAAUAAGAAUUGGAACCACAAAUUAAUACAUUUGCCAAUAAAAUAAAAUGAAGGUUAAUGAAAUCUCCGGAGAAAAUUUGUGCAUCAUCUGUGUUGAAAGAGAAAGAGAUUGCUUAAUAUUGCCAUGUAAACACAAUGCCACUUGUUUGAAAUGCAGUAAGAGUUUGGCUCUGUGUCCAUUCUGCAGAGUCAAAAUUCAAGAGACUAUUAGAAUUUAUAAAAAUUGA